AUGUCCACUCCUCAGCAAAGAUUAUCCGCUGUCGCAAACCAGCUGUCGGCUCCUGGCUCGGCUAAGCAGCGGCUCUUAGCAAAGAAUCCCGAUGACGUUGUCAUCACUUAUCUUGCGCGAACACCCCUCACAAAGGCCCGGAAGGGUGGAUUGAAGGAUACAACAGUUGACAAUCUCUUGAUUUCCUUGCUCACAGCAGUCCGAGAAAACUCCAAGAUCGACCCCAAUCUGGUCGAAGAUGUCUCCGUGGGCAACUGUCUCGCCCAAGGCGCAGCCUACAUGGCUCGCUCAGCCGUUCUCGCAGCCGGAUUUCCCGUAACAACCGCCGCCUCUGUCUCGAAUCGAUUCUGUUCCUCAGGUCUCCUCUCUAUCCAAAACAUCGCGAACCAGAUCAUCGCCGGCUCAAUCGAAGUGGGAAUUGCUGUUGGCGCAGAGAGUAUGAGCACAAAUGCGGAUGGUGGUGCGCCGGAGAUGGCAGAGCGCAUCAAGAACCACCCCGUUGCGUCGCAAAACUACCAGCCUAUGGGCCAGACAUCUGAGAACGUCGCGCAGCAGUUUGGUAUCUCGCGCGCAGAGCAUGAUAAGUUUGCCGCAGGAAGCUACCAGAAAGCUGAGCGGGCGCAGAAGGCUGGGUGGUUUGAGGAUGAGAUUAUUCCUAUCAAGACUCAGAUCAAGGAUCCCAAGACUGGCGAGGUUCGUGAUGUCGUUGUUGAUCGGGAUGAUGGAAUUCGCUAUGGUACCACUCCUGAGAGCCUAGGCAAGAUUCGGGCUGCCUUCCCUCAAUGGGAACCUAGUGCUACUACCGGUGGUAAUGCUAGUCAGAUUACUGAUGGUGCUGCUGCAUUGGUUUUGAUGAAGCGUUCCCGUGCUCAGGAGCUGGGUCAGCCUAUUGUUGGCAAGUUCUGUGGUGCUACAGUGACUGGAUUGGAGCCCCGCAUUAUGGGUAUUGGUCCUUCCUACGCUAUCCCCAAGAUCUUGAACAAAUUCGGUCUCUCCAAGGAUGACAUUGAUAUCUUUGAGAUCAACGAGGCCUUUGCUUCUAUGGGUGUUUACUGUGUCAAUAAGUUGGCUCUUGAUGAGGCCAAGGUGAACCCCCGUGGUGGAUCUAUUGCGUUUGGUCAUCCAUUGGGCGCAACAGGUGCUCGUCAAGUGGUUACUGCGCUGUCAGAGCUGCGUCGCCAGGACAAGCGUAUUGCUGUGACAUCCAUGUGUGUGGGAACUGGCAUGGGUAUGGCAGGCAUCUUUGUCUCAGAGCAUUAA